UCUAACGCGAUGGCACAGAGCGAGCUCGACAUCAUCAAGCAGCAUGUUAAGUUCGUGCUGCGCGGAAAAGAUGGAAAGCAGUGGCAUUCGAUGCCGGAACUUCCUACUGCGCAGGAGCUGAACCCGGAUUGGGAUGUCGAAGGUGAACAAAUCCAUCGUCAGUUGCUGGUGAACGACAUCACAACUCCAUACAGAAGCAAAGGCGAGUACCUCGAGACCUUGUACCGCAUCCAGCGUGAGGAAGGCAUCACCCAAAUUCGACACUCGAUCAAAUCAUUUAAGGAGAACCCGCGAAUGUAUGAUGACGAGAACACCUUCAUCUACACAAAGGUGUUCGUUCAAGGGUAUUCGAUGACCAGGCUUGGCCCCCUUUGUCGUAUUGAAUUCUCGACUGAGCGCGCAGGCAAGAAGAUCCGGUGGACUCACACUCGUCGCCUCACGCCCGGUACCCUCGUCGUCAUUUCGACGGCCAAAGAUAGCUUCAAAAAAAUCUGCAAACCAGCUAUCAUUGCCGACCGCAUGAUCAAAGGUGGCUUAGACCGAAAUCCCUCUGUCAUUCAGAUUCAAUGGGCGCGUUGCGAGGAUGCCGUGAUGGAUCCGACGGAGGAAUUAAUUAUGCUGGAGGCACGCCUGGGCUUUUACGAAGCUGUCAGACAUUGCAUGGUCGGAUUGCAACACGUCGCCGAAAGCGACACAUCACUCGACAAAUAUCUGGUUCAUGCCGACCGUAACGAUCACAGCCCUGACUAUGUGAAGAGCAGGCCACAGAUUAACCUAAUGCCACUGGUCGAUAACAAUCUGCCACCCGAGGAGACCGCAAAAGCCCAUAUCAGGGAUAAAUACCACAGCUAUGAUGUCCUGGAAGGUAUCCCAACAGAGAUUGGCAGGUACACGUCCCUCGAUAACUCUCAACUGGAGGCAGUUCAUCGCAUCUUGACGAAGGAGCUGGCAAUUAUUCAAGGCCCACCCGGCACUGGAAAGACAUAUACAUCUGUGCAGGCCUUACGUGUAAUGCUGGAAACUCAGCAGAGACCAACAAAUGUCGUCGUCGUGGCAGCCGAGACAAAUCACGCGGUGGAUCAGAUCCUAAUCCAGCUGAUCAAGCUCAACUUCCGCAUAGUUCGCCUGGGAGGUCGAACCAAAGAUGAGGAGAUCAAAAGAUACAAUAUGUUCAAUCUGCGAAAAUGGACAAUGCUUAAUAACUCUAAUGCUGAUAAAAACUUCCGAGCACUUGAAGGAAAACGCAAAUAUGCUUCCAAGUGUUUCGAGGACAAGCUUCAAGAAGUAUUUCCUUCGGAUACAAGCCUACUCGACCCCGAAGUCUUGAUGAAACACGGUAUAAUCACCAAGGACCAGUUCAACUCUCUGUUGGCUAAUGACACUGAAGAGUGGCAGCAUAACUCACCAGGUGAUGACAGUCCCCAAGGGAUCAUGGGUCAGUGGCUUGGAGGUAGUCUUGUAGAUGUUCCCGCCCGCCGUUACAACACCCAACUGUUUGACACUGAAGAGUUCGAAGAAGACGAUGAAUUUGAUGAGAAUGGGUUCAACCCGGAGCUUGAUGAUUGCGUGGUCGAUGAUGACGAUGAGGAUGGCCGUCAAAAUGGCUAUUGGGUUCCCAUCGAACGCAAGUGGGCCGGAUCCAACGAUAAUGACUACACGGAGAAUGACCUAUUACUGAAACGCCAGUUGAUUAAGCCCAAUCUCUGGAACGUUGAAUCCCGAUUUCGCGGCGCCGUAUACGAGCACUGGCAAAGAGCCUUGCUCUUGCGCCUUAGUUCUGACCUUCACGCGCAUCUGGCCGAGUACGUGCACAUCACCAAAGACCUUAAGAUUAACCGAUGGAACAAGGAUACCCAGUGCAUCAAAACAGGCCGCAUCCAGAUUGUGGGUUGCACCACGACUGGAUUAUGCAAGUACCGUGGCCUUUUAGCCGCUUUGAAGCCUCGGACAAUUCUCAUCGAAGAAGCAGCCCAGAGCCAAGAGGCCAACAUCACCUCGGCGUUGUAUCAGGGACUACAACAGUUGAUCCUAGUUGGUGACCACCAGCAGCUCGUUCCACACUGCGAUACAGCUGGACUUGCUGGCGUUCCCUUCUUCCUGGGAACAUCCCUUUUCGAGCGACUUGUCAUCUGGAUGGAUAUGCCUUUCACUAUGCUGAAUAUGCAACGACGCAUGAUUCCUGCCAUCAGGGAGCUUCUCGUUCCUCACUACAAGAAGUUGACAGACCACCCCGUGGUCAAAAUUCCUGCCAAUCGACCACCGGUCCCAGGCAUGCUCGUGGAUUCAUUCCUCUUCCACCACACGUGGCCCGAGGGAGUUGACACAGAGUCACUCAGCAAGCACAAUAUCAUGGAAGCAGAAAUGGUGGUUGGAUUCGUCCGGUACCUGCUGAUGAAUGGGGUCAGGUCAGAAAAGGUUACUGUUCUGACUUUCUACCGCGGCCAGCGAAAGAAGGUCAUCCAAAUCGCCCGCCAGAAACUAUUGCACUUCGGAAUUCAACAGCUCAAUGUUUACACGGUUGAUUCAUACCAGGGAGAAGAAAACGACAUCGUCAUUUUAUCCCUCGUUCGUAGCAACCGACCUAAUGACCCAGGUCGCGCUGGCUUCGUGCAGGACCGAAACCGUGGAGUCGUCUCUAUCAGCCGUGCUCGUCGAGGUUUCUAUGUCUUUGGCAACAUUGUCAACCUGGAGAAUGCCACGACUGAGUCUGCUUUCAUGUGGGGCAAUGUGAGAAAGGUAUUCGAGAGCCAAGGACGCUUCGGCAGUGAUGGCCUGCCAAUUAGCUGUCAGAAUCAUGACAUAGUCAACUAUGUGAAGGAGCCAGAUACCUGGAUCAACAAUCAUGGUGGCUGCUGGGAACCUUGUGGUGGAAGAUUCGAGCCCUGUGGCCAUCCUUGCAACAGACUUUGCCAUCCAAUGUCGCACAGCAAGCUGAUCUGCCAAGAUCCGUGCGAGAGGCAGCUACGUUGCGGUCAUGGAUGUAGUGAAUUCUGCGGUGAAGAAUGCCGAUGC